AUGUUAUCUGGCUUAAGUUUUCUGCCGCGGUGCUUUACCUAUAGUGGUAAUAAAGAAUAUAGAUUCAACUGGCAAUCAGCGUUCUACAAUAAUAUAAAGGUUGUGGUUGUGGGCUCAAGGGAACCAGGCUCGAGAGAAACCAGGCUCCAGGGUCCAGAAAUCCAGGCUGCACGAAAAUGGGCUCCAGACUCCAGGAAAUCAGGAUUGAGGGAACCAGGCUCCAGGGUCCAGAAAUCCAGGCUGCACGAAAAUGGGCUCCAGACUCCAGGAAUCCACGCUCGAAGGAACAGGGUGGAGGGUCGAAUAAUCCAGGCUCGAGGAAACAUGGUGGAGGGUCGAGGAAUCCAGGCUCAAGGGGACCAGACUCGAGGGAAACAAGGCUCAAUGGUCGAAGAAUCUAGGCUAAAGGAAACCAAGCUCGAGGGAACGAGGCUCCAGUGUCGAGGCGAACCAGGCUGGAGGGAAUUUAGCGUCGAAAAAAUCCGGAGUCGACAGAAACACGUUCGAGGAAUCCAGGCUCAAGGAAACCAGGUUCCAGGGUCGAGGAAACCAGGUUGCAGGGAACCAGGCUCUAGGAGGUCGGGAUCGCGGGAACCAGGCUCCAUUCUUGAGGGCACCAGGGUCCAAGAAUCCUACUAG